AACUCAUUGGCCCAAAAAAGCCCACAUUCCAUUAGGGUUUUAGGUAUAAACGAUGCAGCUUCUUCCUCAUUCACCCUUUAGACAGCUACGACCAGCGGCGGCGAUUCGCAAUCUGAAUCGGUGUUUGUCGCGAAAAUGGUUAACGCUAAGUUUCACCAGUACCAGGUUGUCGGAAGAGCUCUUCCCACCGAAAAGGAUGAACAUCCUAAGAUUUAUCGUAUGAAGCUUUGGGCAACCAAUGAGGUUCGUGCCAAAUCCAAAUUCUGGUAUUUCUUGAGGAAGUUGAAGAAGGUUAAGAAAAGCAAUGGACAAGUUUUGGCUAUCAAUGAGAUCUUUGAGAAAAAUCCUACCAAGAUUAAGAACUAUGGAAUUUGGUUGCGUUAUCAGAGUCGUACUGGUUAUCACAAUAUGUAUAAGGAAUACCGUGAUACUACACUGAACGGUGCUGUGGAGACAAUGUACAACGAAAUGGCAUCUCGUCAUAGAGUCAGGUUUCCUUGCAUUCAAAUCAUUAAGACUGCCACCAUCCCAGCUAAUCUGUGCAAAAGAGAGAGCACUAAGCAGUUUCACAAUUCCAAAAUCAAGUUCCCUCUGGUGUACAAGAAGAUUAGGCCACCAACCAGGAGCCUCAAAACAACCUACAAAGCUAAGAAGCCCAACCUGUUUAUGUAAUUCAGUGAAUCACAUUUCCCCAGUGGAGUUGCUUGAUUUAUCGGUUAGCACAUUAAGAGCUUUUUGAAGAUAAUAUUGUUUUAAGAAACUUAUUUCCAUCAAGACAUAGUUUGCGUUUUUUCCUAGUUUGUUAUUUACUGAGGAUUUUGUUUUAUCUUUUUGUUAUGCAGUUAUUUAUUUUUCUCUUUUUGAUGUACUGUUACAAUCUCGGUUUUGAAUUUAGCGAUCACUUUGUUUCAAA